UGCCAAGUGUCGGCGAUCUUCGUUUUUUCCUAUUGGAUACCUUUUGCAUCUUCAUAUUUGUUAUUAAGGCGUAGUUGUCUCCGCAGAUCUGUCCCGAUAAGGCUGAGCCUACAAACUGAGGAACAGAGUUUUUAGAAUAGUCCUAGGAUGUUUGCACCGGGCAUCUAGAGCACUACCAUACAGCGGUUAUUUCAUAACCGGCCAUCAACGCGCUGACACAGAAGACCGAGCAAUAUCGCUUCUGAGGGGAAACCAUCGUCCUUCAAGAAAACCUUCAGCUUGGAAAUUGCGCAGCAAAGUGCUUAUUUCACUUCAAGAUGUCUUAUGCUUUAAUAUCGAUUAUAUUUUGUAGUCAAAUUGGAAGUAUAGUUACAGCGCGAUCGCCUGACCCCCUCAAUCCUGAACUUAACCUGAGAUCCAAACAACAUGUCAUUAAAAUUAAUCAGACACUACACGUGGCAUGCAGGGGAUCAUCACCAAUAUCAUGGUCCUGGCCAGACCAUGUCAUGAAUGGGACUGAAAGAAUAAGUAUAAUUAACUUUAAUAGUGAGGACCACAAGAAACCAUAUUGUAGUAACCUGACUUUGAGUGAUGCCCAGGCUAAAGAUACGGGUUACUUCUAUUGCAAUACCUCAUCUUCAAACAUUAAACAAAGAAAGACUGCAAUUUAUAUAUUCAUAAAGGAUAAACACAAUCCAUUUGUCGAGCAAUACGCAGAAGUUCCCAAAGUUCUGUACGUGAUAGUAGGACAAAGGCUACUUAUUCCAUGUAGGAUUACAGCCCCACAUUUCAAUGUCACUUUGAAACUGAAUGAUCAUUCCUUGACAAUUGAUGGAAAGAAGGUAAUGUGGGACAGCAAACAAGGCUUUGUUAUUCCAAGAACCACGCUCAAUUUUACUGGACUGCUAUCUUGUGAAACCACUGUGAAUGGAAAUACUUUUUAUUCUUAUUACUUAACACACAGGAAAGUCAACAGGAUCAACAGUGUACAGCUCAAUGUGACCAGUCCAGUCAAGAUGCUAAGUGGAAGAUCGCUCGCUAUAAAAUGCACUGUGACCACAGAACUGAAUUCAAGAGUUGCGAUUAACUGGGAUUUCCCAGGCAAAGGAAACAGAAACAAUUCCAUCUUAAAAAGGAUUGACCAGUCAGAUCAUAUGAUAAAUACGUUCUACAGCACCCUUGUUAUAGAUAAAGUGCUCACAUCAGACAAAGGGAAUUACAUUUGUCAAGUAAGAAGUGGGGAUACUGGGAAGAAAAGGAAAGCAACUGUCAAUGUUUAUGAAAAACCAUUUAUCAGUGCCAGAUGCCGGAAAUCAUGUGUUGCUGAAGUGCUUGCUGGUCAGGCAGUCUACCAUUUCCCAAUAAAGGUCAAAGCAUUUCCACCUCCGGAUGUUUUAUGGUUAAAGAAUGGACAGCCUAUUACUGAAAGAUCAAUUCGCUAUAACAUCACGGGCCAUGAACUGAUAAUAAGAGAUGUUUCAGAAGAGGAUGGUGGUAGCUAUAGCAUAAUACUGGAACUUAAACAAUGGAAGCUUUUCAAAAACAUCACAUUUACUCUCAAUGUAAAUGUAAAACCACAUAUAUGUGAAAAGGCACUGCCCACUCAGAACCUUGAUAUCUACCCAUUGGGCAGCAAACAGACUUUGUCAUGCACUGCCUAUGGCAUCCCUAUUCCUAGAAUUUUGUGGCUAUGGCAGCCUUGUGCCCAAAUUAGUUCAAAAGCACAAUGUGAAGCAUACUCAGAGACCAAAAGCAGCAUUGUUUCUCUGGCUCCACUUGGCAGCAGCACCAACGUAACUGGAAAUAAGAUUCACGUCAUUAAUGAAAGAGUAGAAUUACUGGAAGGGAAAAAUAAGACUGUCAGUGUCAUAGUGAUAGCUGAAUCUAACAUUUCUGGAAUUUAUCGUUGCUUGGCUUCAAACAAAGUUGGAAAUGAUGAAAAAACUAUUAAUUUUUAUAUUUCAGAUGUGCGCAAUCAAUUUGGAUUUGAGAUUGGCAUAGGACAUCAUGCGUUACCAACAGAGGGUGAUGAUCUGACUCUUUACUGCCGAGCCAAUAAAUUUUUAUACUCAAAUGUUGCUUGUCGUCUUCUGCGUAAGGACAAUCAUACGUUGUAUAAUCUCAGCAGUGUAAGUGAAAUAACCACCAAAGAAUAUUCGAUUGCUCUGAACUUUACCAUCAAAAAUGUGAGUCAGGAUCAAUCUGGAACUUAUGAAUGCACAGCCAGAAAUAUUAUCACUCAGAAAAAUACAGUUCAGAAGCAAGAGGUGUAUGUUAUCGCUCAGGAAGCUCCAUACCUUCUUUAUAACCUAAGUGACCGAGAAGUAAACAUCAGUAGUUCCAUUUUGUUGGAAUGUCAAGCAGAGGGAAGACCAGUGCCACGUAUCACAUGGUACAAAAACAAUCAAAGGUUACACAUUGAAUCAGGUAUUACUCUGGGACCAGGAAACAGAAUGUUAAUUAUUGAAAGAGUCAAAGAAGAGGAUGAAGGCUUAUACCGGUGCCAGGCGACUAACAGGAAAGGCUUUGUGGAGACUUCUGCUUACAUCACUGUUCAAGGGUCAACAGAGAACUCAAACAUGGAGCUGAUCACCCUGACAUGUACCUGUGUAGCUGCUGCUCUUUUCUGGCUUCUCCUGACUCUCUUCAUUCGGAAACUCAAAAAGCCUAGAUCUGCAGAGACAAAAACUGACUACCUGUCAAUCAUAAUGGACCCAGAUGAAGUACCCCUUGAUGAGCGAUAUCUCCCUUACGAUGACAAUAAAUGGGAAUUUCCUCGAGACAGACUAAAGCUAGGUAAAGCUCUUGGCCACGGGGCUUUUGGGAAGGUGGUGGAAGCUUCUGCUUUUGGCAUCAAUAAAUCAGCCACAUGUAAAACCGUUGCCAUUAAAAUGCUGAAAGAGGAUGCCACAGCCAGUGAACAUAAAGCUUUAAUGUCAGAACUAAAGAUCCUGAUUCAUAUCGGAAACCAUCUAAAUGUUGUGAAUUUGCUGGGAGCAUGCACCAGACAUGGAGAUCCUUUGAUGGUGAUUGUUGAAUACUGUAAAUACGGCAAUCUCUCCAACUAUCUUCAGACCAAGAGGCAUAAAUUUGUGUUGCACAAGGUGAAUGAAACUGCAUUACAAGCAGAUCACAUUCAAGAAAAGAUCCCUAUGGAGGGGAAAAAGAGACGGCUGGCUAGUGUUACGAGUUCUGAGAGUUCCACCAGCUCUGGAUUUGAUGAAGAUAAAACUCUAAGUGAUGUUGAAGAGGAAGAGGAGGAUGCUGAUGACUUGUUCAAGCAAACAAUGACCAUGGAGGAUCUGAUCAGUUACAGCUUUCAAGUGGCUCGAGGCAUGGAAUUCUUAGCAUCAAGAAAGUGCAUUCAUCGAGACCUGGCAGCAAGAAAUAUCCUUUUAUCUGAGAACAAUGUAGUGAAGAUCUGUGACUUUGGACUUGCACGAGAUAUUUAUAAAGAUCCUGAUUAUGUACGAAAGGGAGAUACAAGGCUCCCUCUCAAAUGGAUGGCCCCCGAAUCUAUAUUUGACAAAGUUUACAACACUCGAAGUGAUGUCUGGUCUUACGGAGUUUUACUGUGGGAAAUAUUUUCCUUAGGUGCAUCGCCAUACCCAGGAGUCCAGAUCGAUGAGGAAUUUUGCCGAAGAUUAAAAGAGGGCACAAGGAUGCGAGCUCCCGACUAUUCAACUCCAGAAAUCUACCAAACAUUGCUCGACUGCUGGCACAGUGAUCCCAAACAGCGGCCAACUUUCACAAAGCUUGUGGAGAGACUCGGAGAUUUAUUACAAGCAAAUGUUCAGCAGGAUGGAAAGGACUACACCCCGCUGGGAGACAUGCUGGUAUCAAAUAGGUUUAAUUUUUCAGUCCCAACAUCAUCAGACUCGUGCUUGGGCGAAGAAAUGGAGAAUUCAAAAUUUAAUUAUAAAUGUACGGGAAGCUUUGGAUAUAUUAACACUCGUAUGAACAAACGGCCACAGGAUUUGGAGACAUUUGAAGAGUUACCACUUGAGCUUACAACAUUAACAGAUGAUUAUCAGACUGACAGUGGAAUGGUUUUAGCUUCAGAAGAAUUAAAGUACCCGGUGUUGAUGAACAACAAGCCGAUGUGUCCACAGUAUUUUGGUUUGAAAACAACGAGCAAAAGCAAAGAGUUGGUGUUAUCUGAAGCUAGCAUUUGGAUGAGCAUGUACAGCUCCGGUUACCAGUGUGAAGAGGAAGACAACAAGACACCUGCCCGUGACAGUUUCUGCUCUCGGAGUUCUUUAGAGUCAAAAAUGAGCUGCUGCAUCCCCCCACCAGACUACAACUCACUGGCUUUUUAUAUCUCCCCACCGGUUUAAAUGGCUGUUCCAUCAAUAUUUUUUUUUAAAUCAUCAUAUUCAGUGAUUUGCACUACAUCUUGAGGCAAACUUUAUUGUCAUUGCUGUUACCCAUAUCAAAACAUAAGUGUGCUGCCCACUACCUUCAUUGUUAAGUGUGUCAGAACCUUGUGUAGAUACAUUAAGCAUAGAUAAGCUAUCGUAUUUGGAGGUAACAUAACCCUUGAGUGAAGGAGGCAUUCCUAGUGAUGGAGUUGCUAUCACACAAAGCCGGAAGUUCUGAAUCUGUUACUGUACGACAGGUAUAAUUUCCAUGUUCUCCAGAAUGGACCCUGACCCAAUGAGUUACUCCAUCCUUUUGUUGUCAUUUGUUUUGUAAACCAGCAUCUGCAAUUCCUUGUUUCUAGGUAUAAUAACAACCGGCACUUAUGUGCUUGGGAAAAGGUUUGGAGUUAGUCAUAGAAUCAUACGCUGUAGAAAUAGGCCCUUUGACCCAACUUGCCAACACCGGCCAACAUGUCCCAUCUACACUAGUCCCACCUGCCAACGUUUUGCCCAUAUCCCUGUAAACGUGUCCUAUCCAUGUACCUGUCUAAAUGUUUCGUAAACUUUGUGAUAGUACCUGCCUCAACAACCUCCUCCGGCAGCUCGUUCCAUAUACCCACCCCCUUUUGUGUAAAAGAGUUACCCCUCAGAUUAAUAUUAUAUCUUUCCCCCCUCACCUUAAAUCUAUGUCCUCUGGUUCUCGAGUUCUCUUCACAUUAUCCUAGAAACAUCUUCAAGAGCAGUGAAGACUGCAUUAAAACCUUCUGUUGAUACUCCAGACACUGAAAAACUUUAUCUGCAGGUAGUUUGUGGCAUAUCAGGCAGAGCUUUGUUACGGCUCUGUAACAUUUCUUUAUUACCCUCGUUAUUAUAAAUUAAAUUACAGGUACAUGUAAAUGUAUUUACGGCUCAUUGAAAAACCUCUUGACAACAUAAAGCUAAAAUACUCAUUUCAUAAAUAUUAUGCUUUCAGUGGAAAUGUUACCAGUGACAGAUAGCUUUUGUCGGUGCAACUUACUGAGUGUAAAUCAAAAGGCCUAAAAUGGUCUGUGACGAAACAAAAAACGUACAUUAGUUCAUACCUUGCAUUUCCCCAGGGAAUUGCAAGCUAUCUUCCAGCAAAUUCGUUUUCUAACGCCGUCACUGUUAUAACAUGGCAAGCAUAUAAAUAAUCAGUUCAUAUAUUUUAUUGCUUCUUUGCUUAAGGAAUAUUUUUUGUCGAGGGCAUCCUUUUGCAAAGAGUGCAUCGGGAUCCAUUCUAACAGACAGGGAGGUAAAUAAUGCCUUGGUCUGACAUCUCCUCUGAAAAUGAUUUUGAUGGAAAUAUGACACUCACAGUACUGCAUGAAGUGGCUGUCUAAACCAUGAACACGGUUCUUUAGUCUGGGCUCACAGCUUAUUGAGUCACGGACAAGUGUGCUAAAACUCUCUCAAUUAUAAAACUGAGUUAUAGUAGCAUCAUAACUCCUUUAACUCUAAUGUGCCCAUUUAUUUCCGUUAACUGUAAUGUGCCCAUUUAUUUAGAAUAUAUGUGGCUACCAUAGCAAGCAAUAACACUUACAAAAGCAAUUAUUAAUCCUAUCCUAAAUCAAAACUACAAAUUUGACGUAGUUUAAAAUCAGAAAUGGACAAGUUUUUUUACUGGUUGGAUGUCAUUUUCUACUAACUCUAACCAAUAGAGAAACUGAUAAAACACCUGGACAAGACCUACUUGAUAUUGUAUAUUCUUCUCAGUGAUGUUAUAUUUGACUCAAAGAAAGAUACUUAUGGGGAUUUUAUUCUCUCUUGUCAUUUCUUACUUUAAACAUAAGCCAUUGAGUUAAAAUAGCACAGGCGCGAAUCGCACAUUUAUUAGUACUAUAAAAUUAACGUUAAAACUGCUGAAUAGUUGUAUUAAUCUGAUAUACUGUGUGAAUUUUACUGUUUUAGGCUUUUUUUAUGUCUGGGUAAUGAAAGUAUUAUUUUCCUCUUCUUAGGCAGUCCUGUGGGUUGGUGGAUGAUUUGCUUCCAAUCCAUUCCGUUGUUUCCCCUGGAUUAUUGUUACUUUAUUAUUGUCACGUGUACUGAGGUACAGUGAAAAGUUUUGUUUUGCGUGCUAUCCAAUCAAUCGUCAAACUCAUGUACAAUAAAUAGACCAAGGGGGAAGAUACAGAGUGCAGAGUAUAGUUUUCGGCAUUGCAGGGCAUCAGCUCCAUAGACAAAGUCCAAUGUCUGCAAUGGUGCAGAGGUGAAUCGGAUCGUACCCUAGCAUAUGGAAGGACCAUUCAGAAGAAGAAUCUGGUGAUGCAUGCUUCCAAGUUUCUGUAUCUUUCUGAGCAGGGAGAAGAAGGAAUGACCACAGGGAGAUAAUCUUUCAUCAUGUUAGCUGCUUUCUGAAGAAUGGUGAAGUGAGGAUGGAGUCAAUGGUGUGAAGUAUGGUCUGUGUGAUAGACUGGACUACAUGCAAAACUUUCUGCAAUCCACUGCUCCACUGGUGUGUGGUCAGGGUCACUGACAAGAUCCACGACAACCUCAAAUGCAGCCAUCUCAUCCAGAGUCUUGCUCAGGCCAACUUCUCCUUCUGUCUCAAGAAAACUAAGCACUUGAGGUCCCUGCGCUGCACUGAGCUGCCAGUCGGCCCAGUGACACAGCUGGUAGUGCUGCCGUCCCACCGUGCUGGAGAUCUGAGUUCAAUCCCAAUUUCGGCUCCUAUCUCUGUGAAGUUUGCCAUUUCUCGAGGUUCCAACGUGCAUAAAUAAUGCCUUGUGAGGUACCAGAGGCAGAGCAGCAUGUUAACAUAUGUAGGUGGCUUGGGAACUUCUGUGUCCCUUCCAUCAUUUUUGUGGUUCCAUCAGAGUCUGAGCCUCUGAGUCCUGGCCCAAAGUGUCACCUAUCCAUGUUCUCCAGAGAUGCUGCCUGACCGCCAAGUUACUCCAGCACUUUGUGUCCUUUUAUGUAAUCCACCAUCUGUAGUUCCUUGUUUCUACUUUCAAACAAUAUUUUAAGUUUCACUUAGCCCCAAGCCAUUUAAUCCAAAAACUAAUACUUAAUAUUGAAUGGGUGCUCUGCGGAACUGCAAACCUGGUUAUUAUUUAUGGAGUGUAUCAAAUACUAUUUUUUUUUCUCAGUUGGUAUUGCUGGAACAUGAUCCACAUGAGUCCAUUACCUUUCUGGUUAUCCCACCUGCAUUCUCACUGCAACUAGAUGAUGCAACAUCUUAUUCCUGAUGUUUUGCUUCCGAUCCACUUGCAUCUUUAAUGGAGGACUAUCACUGCCAACAGUCCAGCUGGUUGGGAAUUGGGGCAAACAAGCUUUAAUCUCCCUGCUCUAUCUUGGGCCAGUGGUGCUCAGUCCUACUUGCAAGUUCCCAUACCAAACACCUUUAUCCCCAUGGCCGCAGUAACCUCUUGUGCCUCCUUGGGUCCAAAUAAACUCGAGGCUUUGUUGCAAUAACUCUGACAAAGCAGAGCAGUUCAUGAGCUGUUGACUGAUAAAUUGGAGCCUGAGAUUCCUCUUUAUGCCUUGAUGACCUGAUAAUUGUCAAAAUGUAAUUGAUGAUUAAAAGAGAUUUAAAAGAUCCAAUCAAUUAACAUAAAAUCGAAAAAAUAAAAUAGUCAUACAGUCAUAGAGUUAUAUGGCAUGGAACCAGACUCACACCAACCAACCCGUCCCAUCUACACUAAUCCCACCUGCCUGCGUUUGGCCCAUAUCCCUCUAAACAUGUCCGAGCCCCCCUCCCCUCAUUCCGGUAUAAACACAUUUCUUCCACCAUCUCCCACCUCCACUAUCACCCUACUCCUUUCCCCUGCUUUGUGUGCUCUUCUCCACCCCCAUCCUACAUGUCCUUGUUUCCAUUUUCUUUCCCUUCCCUCAUCCCCUUCUACCUAUAUCCCUCCCUUCAGCUUUAUAUUUAACCUCUAAUAUGACAAUCUUUGCCUCCUUUUCACCUCUAUCCUUUGUCACUUACUCCACAUCUGCCAAUCACUCUCCCUCCCUGACCUGUAUCCACCUAUCACUUGCCAGGCUUUGUCCCACACCCACCUCUUCAUUGUCAUUACACAGAUUAACAUGGCAAACUCCUGUCUAGCUCCAGACACAUAACUGGAAUGCAUCCAGAUUACAGGUGUAUGUGGUUUCAAAUGCUGGAAACAUUCCUAAUUACCGUUCGUAUUCUGUAAGUUAGCAUCUUCAGUUGACAAAUAUAAUUCUUAAAUAGGUUAUGUUUCCUUGGUAUCUUGCACUGAAAAUGAUAAAUGCUUUCUAUACAUCAACCAGCUAGUUAUUCUACAUUGUUAAUCGAUGUGUUGUUAAUCAAGGCCACAUAUCAGAGAUACCUUCUUGGGAACUUUGCCUGAAGUGAAUUCACUGGGUAGAUUUGUGGAACCUUUACACACUGCAAAUGGGCAUAAGAAAAUAUAGAAUAAACCACUUAUAACUCAUGUCCUAGAUGGUCUGUGUUUAUGCUUGUGUAGAAUGCAUGAUCGUUAGUUUAGUACACUAAAUAGAACAGUAUAUAUUUAUAUUUAUACACUAUAUUCUCAGAGUGUAAGCCACCAUCUGACUGAAAUUUUGUUAGUUGAAUGUUGUUUAUCCCAACUGAUGAUGAGGUGAACUCUGCGUGUGUCUCUUUGGAACUCACAAGUGUGAUUGUUAUUGUGUAUAUCUGUAUAGAAGUAAUAAAAUAUGUUUAAUUACUUCCUUUCCAA